AUGUCUGAAGAAUCCAAACAAAUCGACCCAGCCAAGGAGGUGGAGCCCCCGAAGCAGCCUGCCCCCGAAUCCGACGAAGAGUCCGGCUCUGACGCUGGGGAGACGAAGCCGGCUGGCGCCGGCGCCGAGAGUGCUGCCGCCGGCUCGAAAAAGAAGAAAAAGAAGAACAAGAAAAAAUCCAAGCCGGCAGCUACCACUGCCGGUAUCGCUAACUCCGGGGAUGCUGCCGCGGCGGCUGUCGCAACCGUCGCCCAAGCGGCCGGAGCUAUAGCCGGCGCCGCCGACGCAAAGAAGGCUCUUGAGGGUUUGACGCCGCAACAAAUCCAAGAAUUCAUCUCCCUGAACCCAGCCCUCGCCAAUGAGUUACUAGGCGGCGACGCCGCCAGCGGCUCCUCGCAACAACAAGCCAUGAUCGAAGCGUUCAAGAAGCUCAAGCUGCAGGACAUUAUGACCGGCCUCGCGAGCAGCGGCAAGAACCGCAAAGACAUGGCCAGCUACAAGUUUUGGAGUACGCAGCCCGUGCCACAGUUCGGGGAGGAGGAGACAAAGAUUGUGGAGGAGGGCCCAUUGCGCAUUCAGAAGGUAGAAGAGAUUUCGACGGAGCCGAUUCCGCUCGCGCUGGAGCCCUUCCGGUGGGUGACGAUGGAUCUGAGCGAUGAGAAGCAGUUGGAAGAGGUGGAGAAGUUGCUUUAUGGGCAUUAUGUCGAAGAUGAUGAGGCCAUGUUUAGGUUCAAGUAUUCUCGGGGGUUGUUGAGGUGGUCCCUCCUCUCCCCCGGCUGGCGUAAAGAAUGGCACGUGGGCAUCCGCAGCGGCAACACGUUGUGCGCUUUCAUCUCGGCCAUCCCGACCAACGUCCGCGUGCGUAACAACGUCAUCCAAGCGCCCGAAGUCAACUUUCUCUGCAUCCACAAAAAGCUCCGUGGCAAGCGCUUGGCCCCGGUCCUGAUCAAGGAAAUCACGCGCCGCAUUAACCUCGACAACAUUUGGCAAGCCAUCUACACCGGCGGCAUCGUUCUCCCGCGGCCGGUUAGCACAUGCCGGUACUUCCACCGCGCACUGAACUGGAUGAAGUUGUAUGAGGUCGGGUUCAGCCCAUGCCCGCCGAAUAGCAAGCCCGAGUUCCAGGCAAGGAGGUAUAAGCUGCCAACGCAGACGUCAACGGCGGGGCUGAGGGAGGUGGAGAAGAAGGAUUUGGAGCAGGUGCAGGAUUUGUUGGAGAGGUAUUUAAAGAGAUUUGAGCUCACACCAGUGUGGACUAAGGAGGAGGUCGAACAUUGGUUGUUGCCGAAGAGGGAUGCGCCGGGCGAGCAGGUUGUGUGGACCUAUGUUGUUGAGUCCCCUUCCGGAAAAAUUACCGACUUCUUUUCCUUCUACUGCCUGGAAUCCUCCGUCAUCCAGUCCACCAAAUACUCCUCCAUCAAAGCAGCCUACCUCUUCUAUUAUGCCACCGAGGCCGGGCUCGGCCAGCCCGAGGAUCGCAUACUGCUCAAGAAGCGGCUGAACGAGCUGAUCCACGACGCUCUCAUCCUCGCGAAGCGCCACAACUUUGACGUGUUCAACGCGCUCUCGCUCAUGGACAAUCCUCUGUUCCUGGAGCAGCAGAAGUUUGGACCUGGUGAUGGUCAACUGCACUAUUACCUGUUUAACUACAGAGCGAAUCCGAUUCACGGAGGUGUCAAUAAGCGAAAUCAGCUAGAGGAUGGGGUUAGUAGCGGUGUUGGGUUUGUCAUGUUGUGA